AUGGAUGUAAAAGACAGAAGGCACCGUUCUUUGACAAGAGGUAGAUGUGGGAAGGAAUGUCGCUAUACAAGUUCUUCACUGGACAGUGAAGACUGCAGAGUACCUACUCAGAAGUCCUACAGUUCAAGUGAAACACUGAAGGCUUAUGAUCAUGAUACGAGAAUGCAUUAUGGAAAUCGAGUUACUGACCUAGUUCACAGAGAAUCCGAUGAAUUUCCCAGACAAGGAACUAACUUCACCCUUGCUGAACUAGGAAUUUGUGAGCCCUCCCCCCACCGAAGUGGUUAUUGUUCAGAUAUAGGAAUCCUUCAGCAAGGCUAUUCCCUCAGUACUGGGUCUGAUGGUGACUCAGAUACAGAGGGUGGAAUGUCUCCUGAGCAUGCCAUUCGACUUUGGGGGAGAGGGAUUAAAUCCAGGCGGAGCUCUGGUCUGUCAAGCCGUGAAAAUUCUGCCCUUACCCUGACUGACUCUGACAAUGACAAUAAAUCAGAUGAGGAAAACGGUAGGCCUAUUUCUGCAGUACAUUUUGUAAUGUAUAUGCAUAUGUGACGAUGUGAUCGCACAUGCUUGCCAUAUUAGAUGGUAAAACAAAAGCUGUAUUUCCCUUGGGAAGUCAAAAUGCAGGUUCGUAGUAUGCUUCCCUAUGGGGGAAGUGAUCUAUUUUUAGGGAACCGUGAAAAAGAGGUUUAACUCAUCCUGAUAGCAAACAUAUAAAUUAUAUUUGGGUAAGAGUCCGUCAUCAAAUGAUACUAUUCUCUCCAAAUCUUCAAAUGAAAAGAAAUGAAACUUUGCUGAUUCAAAUGUAAAAUGUAUUUAAUAUAAAGACAUUUUCAAAAAUAAUGAUCAGGCUGUAUAUCAUCAGUUUUGCUAUCUGGUUA